AUGCCGUGGAGGCAUGCAGUAAAGGUUGCUCUUGCGGCUGGCGAAGCAGUGGCGAAGGCGCUUUCGAGAGCAAUCAAGCAGGAGCUCCAACAAAGUCAGCAAGCAGCAGCUCGACAUAGUGCCAAAACUGGCCAGUCUGCUAGCGAGACUCGAGAUAACGCUAACGCCAAUGCCAGACUCGGAAUUAGUUUAGAGGAAUCCUUACAAAUUCUAAAUGUCAAGCCGCCUAUUGAUCCAAAAGAAGUCGAACAGAAAUACGAGCAUUUGUUUUCGAUCAACGAUAAGGCUAAAGGAGGGUCUUUCUAUUUGCAAUCAAAGGUUUAUCGAGCUAAAGAAAGGAUAGAUGAGGAGCUUCGGAGGCAAUCUGAACAGCGAUCAAAUAAAGAGGAAAAACAACAGGUGGAAAGCGAAAAAUAA